GAAAGUUUGCUUAUUUUUACCCUUUUCUUACAUUACUAACUCUGAGCUUUUUGGGGAGCUAUGUGCCAGUUUGUUUGAUCGUUUUACUUUUCUGCUAUGUUGAAUUGAAUCUGUUUGAUUUCUACGAAGUUAUCUGAAUCUUCCGCUUUAUGUUGAUACUCUAAAUAGUCUAUUACCAUAUAUUUGUGCAAUAUCUUCAUCAGUUUGUGAUUCUAUCUUUGUUCUGGCACAUGAUUUCUGUAUAAAGCUCUUAGAUAAGAUUCUUUUGGAAAUAGUUAUGGAGCUCUAAAUUCUGUUGUUUGCAAUAUCUUUACUCAUCAUUUGUGUGUUUUGAAGGCAGUAUUCAUGGUCAUAUGAUUUUGGAUUUCUUGUCCUGUAGUAUGGCUUCAUUGAUUGAGGACAAAGGAUUUUGGAUGGCUAAAGGAAGUGACCAUUUGGCCGAUGGAGACACCGUUUUUGAUAAUGCAUCUAGAAAGGAAUCUAAGCGUGCCCCGCGGGAAUGGUUCUUAGAUGCUUCUGAGCCGGAGUUAUUUCCUAGCAAAAAGCAAGCUGUUGAAGCCACUGUUGGCAAGACAGAAUCAGGAAUUGCUAUGUUGAGUUCUCUCCCAUGGGAAAAUUCUUCUAGAUUUCUGUCAAUGCCAUCCGUGACAAGCCCAUUCUUGGAUGGGCAAUUUGAAUCUGAUAUUAAAAAACCCAUAACUUUGACCGACAGAAAUAUGCCCAUGGGUAUGAUGGAUGGUUCGAAUGUGAGAAAAGUAGUUAGAAGUGAACAUUUUGAGAAUGAUCCCUCUGUUGGUCUAUCAAUUUCUUAUGCUAUGGAAGACCCUGAAACAGAAUUAAGUUAUGGUGGACUUAGAAAAGUGAAAGUCAAUCAGGUUAAGGAUCCUGAAAACGGAUUGCAUACAUCGAUGGAACAUGGUAUAGGAAUUUCCAUGGAUCAUUCAUACCCCAGAGCAAAUGAAAAUACCUUCAUAUCCAUGGGACAACCCAAUAUUGGAAAUCAUGCUUCAUUGAUUGGUCAUUCCUAUGACGUUGGGGAAGCAAACAUUAGAACAAUUGGAUCAACCUUUGAGAAAGGUCUUUCCAAUAACAUUUCGUUACCUCAAUCCUACAACAAAGGGGACAGCAACACACUCUCUUUCGGAGGCUAUCAAGAUGAAUCUGUUAUGGAGGCUCUGUCUCGACCAAUUACUAGCUAUGGCUUAUUAUACGAACAAUCUUCAACUCCGACAUCAGAAAUUCCGAGCAAAAAGAUGAUGGAUGCGCUGAAUAAUGGUGCUAAUUUGAGCACUUAUCAGGGUACUAAACCCAAAGUUGAUUCACUAUCUAAGAAUAAGCUAGAGACUAAACCAACUAGAAAAGAGGCCCCAAACAGCUUCCCAUCCAAUGUGAGGAGUUUGAUAGCCACUGGUAUGCUUGAUGGGGUGCCGGUGAAGUAUGUUUCUGUCUCUCGUGAGGAAUUGCGUGGUAUAAUUAAAGGCUCAGGCUAUCUUUGUGGGUGCCAGUCUUGUAACUAUUCUAAGGCACUUAAUGCGUAUGAGUUUGAGCGUCAUGCUGGCUGCAAGACAAAACACCCGAACAACCACAUAUACUUCGAGAAUGGGAAGACCAUUUAUCAGAUAGUUCAGGAGUUAAGAAGCACUCCAGAAAGUAUGCUGUUUGAUGCAAUUCAGACAUCUACUGGUUCUCCCAUAAAUCAGAAAGCCUUUCGUACUUGGAAAGAAUCAUUCCAAGCAGCAACCCGUGAGCUUCAGCGGAUCUAUGGAAAGGAUGAGCUUAACUUAUGAUAUUAGUUUGUUUCAGUGGGACAAUUUUGAUGUGGGAUUGUAUAUUAGCUUCUUCGCUUGUGGAGGAAACAGCAUAUUCUGGAUUCGAAGAAGAAUGAAAUAUUAUAUUGAAAACUGCUGGUGCUGGUGCUGCUGCUGCUGCUGCUCCCUGACCCGAUCGAUGGAUUAUUUCUUAUGAAGAGCUUGUAUUCAAAUUAGACAACAAGAUGGCAUACAUUGUUGUAUUAGACCCUUCCAGGUUCUGAUUUCCCCUUUAUGAAUCAGCCACGCAUUGAUUAAUUAUUUCAGGUUGUUAAGUAAUGCUAAUAUCACCCAAGAAUGUUCGUGUUCUAGUAUCCAUUUAAAUUGUAGAUAAUGUAUCUAUAGUUGUGACCACACCACUGUGAAAUUAGCCAAGAAAAUCUAUCUAUUUGUACAAUACCAGUAAAGGAAAUCUCAAUAUUACCGACUGAGUUAGUGAAGCCAAUAGGAGAUUUGAAGGUGUUUUGCAUUAAUAAUAUCUGCACUUGGGCUUUUA